GAUACAACGCAAUUCAUUUAGCGAUACAGAAGAUGAAUUCUGUCUUAUUCAACGAACUCUGGAUGAAACUUGAAAAACUAGGCCGCACAGAGAACUCACUGAUGGACAAGAACAAUAAGACUCUACUUCAUGCCGCCGCUGAAAUCGGAUGGGACUACUGUGUAGCAUUCCUGCUAGGCCGUUCCUCGAUCGACAUGGAACAAAAAAGCAGGGAUGGGAAGACUCCUAUGAUGUGCGCCGCCGCUGAAGGCCAAACUGACAUCGUCGGUCGCUUGCUUCAAGCUGGGGCGCAUGUCUUUACCGAGGACCCGUGUGGUGCGACGGCGGCAUGUUUAGCAAUUUGCCGGCGGCAUGAUGCAACCGCAAAUGUGCUCUUCAACAAGAUGAAUGCAGCUGAAAAGGCACAGUAUGUAUCGAGGAGGAUCUCCCUGCUCCAGUCCCCGAGCGCAUCGUCGCGCGACCACCGCUGUUUCUAUCGGGACACGCUGUUCAAGGUGCUGCUGUUUGUUCGGCGCCAACUGGAAGGCGGCACGGAGCUGCUGCUCAGCAACGACGUGUUCACUUCCCUGGUCUCGUGCGGGCGGCGCAGCCGCAGCGACCCGUCCGUCUUGGGACCCCUGUUCCACCUGUGCGCGUGUAUGAUGCACGACAAGGCCGACUACAGCAAGUACGUGCACGCCGACAUGGUGGAGGCCUUCAUGCGCUCUGGCGGUCUCGAGCUCGCGCGCGACGUUCUCGGCCACGACACGGAGUCAUGCGACUUCCAGUGCCGCUGCUCGGCGCUGCUGCCGGUGCUGCCCGUGGCGGAACUCGACGAGGGGCUCCGCUGGGUGCGCGAACACCUGGACGAGCUGGUGAGGCCCUUCCACGAGUUCGGCGCCAAGAAGGACGUCCUGGCGUACUGGGUCGAAGGCGAACGCGUCAAGACCGACGUCAUGUGGGAGCGCUUCAGCGAGUCGUUCGGUCGCCUCCACCUGGAGGUUCGCGGCACGCCACUGAAGUGCGACGGUGGCGGCGCCGUGGGGACUGAUCCAGCGAACGACUCGAGCGCGCCGUUCGCGUUGCUGCAAGGCACCGCCGUCAAGCGCAAGAGUCCGCCGCCGUCCUUGAGGAAGCAAAACCACAAGGCGGCGAACAAGAAGGCACCACGAGCACGUGCCGUCCAGGCUCUACUGCAGGUGACCUUCACCGAGGAAUCUCGCGUGCCCAAGAAAGUACGCAGAGUUCCGCCUAGCCUGCCAAAGGACGAGGAGAAACCCCCCGCCAUGAAACCGGUCAACGUCUUGGAAGUGAUGUCUAUGGCUCCUACAGUGAUCCCGGCAGCACUCCCGCUGCAAGGCUACGCCAACGCCCUGAAAACCAAUCUUCCUAAGGAGGAACCUCCACUGCAUCUGGAUGAAACGCUGCAGCCUAGAUUCAAGUUCACUGGCGAUGGGAUACGAAGCCCUCUAAAGAAGCGUGAACAUGGCUUGUUAUGCGGCGCACCAAUGUCGUUCGAAGAAAGCUGUGCGUCUAAACCUUGCGUAACGGUUACUGGCGUUGAAAGCCCUUCCCUUCGCCGCGUGCAAAGUGACCCCGCACUGAAUAGCCCUAGAGCAAAGGCAGCAGCCAAACACAAGCUUGCGUAUCUCGAGUUCAACAGCUUUGGCAAGUCCGUCGCUAAUGAAUCCUGCGAACUGUGUCGUGCCUCGCAAGCUGCUGAGAGUACGUCAGUACCGAUGGAAGCGGAGACUAAUUCCGCAUUACUCUGUGAAAAACCACCCAGUAACGAUGAUGCAAUUCCCAAGGAGGAAGAACGCGCCACGCAAAUUGUGGGAGAAAACAUAAAAAAGCUUCUCGAGCUGGACGGGCGGGGCGCCGUUGCACCCGGUCAGACAAAACGUAAGCUGACCUGCCACAGGUUACACAGCUUACAAGAGCACCUCUUUUGUGAAAUAAUGCGGUCUCAACAAAUGAAGCCCUCGAAGGAUGGUCCAGACAUCGCAACGACCGCAAUGACCCUCGUUGAAACGAUGCUGAGAGCCAUUAACUCCCUAUUGCAAAAACCAGUUUACAAAGCCAACACCAGCUUGGACCCGCGCAUCGAGAUGCAACCCCUCUUCACCGUCGACUGCGACGUUGUGGAUUUGUACGCCAAGAAAGACAGUAAAGAACCACAGUCGGGCGAAGAGCCCGGGAACCAGGAGUGCUUGAAAGCAGACGGAGCGUGGUCUGGCAGCUUCGCUUUCGUCGCCGCGAGGGAAAUCGCGUACGACGAUCAGGCAACCCUGGGCUCCAUCUGGCUGUCAGAGAGCCAGCGGUGGAGGAAAUCUUUCUGUGAGGUGGCCAACUCACCGCUCAGCUCGCUGGUCGCCGUCAACGGGUUCUUCUACAGCGAGGAAAAGAGCAACUUCCUCGCGGGGGCAAGAACCAAUGAACGUACGUCCGUACAUCUAGGCAUUGCCAAGAACGGAAGAGAGGUGCUCCUAAAGAAGAUACAGUUUCGCUCAGAAGACUACGAGAGCGCUCUCGGGCGUGUCCUCAAGUUCAGAAGACUCGACCUGUACCAUGGAAAUAUAAAUGAAUCCCACGUAACAUGGAAGAGCUCUUCUGCGCUUGUCUACGUGCUGUGGCACCCGCAGGACAGAAACUUGGAACAGUACAUGGCAAUGCUUCGCGAGCGCAGGUUCCCUCUUGUGAAGUGGGGCAGAACGGCCAUGGGCCAACUGCUGGAUGCCCUCGCUUUCCUCCAUACGAGAAAGGAGCCCAUCGUGCACGGUCGUCUCAAGCCCUCAAAUAUUCUAGUUUCACCUAAAGGAACCUUGCUGCUGUCAGACUUAGCGCCCCCUGGAGUGUUGCCAAGCAUUCCCCUCGGUAUCGUCAGUUCCAGUAUGUACGGGUCGCCGAGGAAAAUUACAGACCUCAGCUGGCGCCCAAGAGAACUGAUUAUAGCCAUGACAAAGGAGCUUGCAGCUCAGAUCUUCUCGACAGCUUCGGAUAUGCAAGUCGCAGGAAUGCUGAUCUACUUCAUGCUGACCGGCCACCAUCCUUUCGGCAAGUGCGACGACGACUGUCAGGUCAACAUUGCCCGGGGACGAGUGCUCGUUAGGCCUGUGAACACGGAACUGGACGACCUUGCCCAUCACCUGCUCGCGCUCGAGCCAGAGUACCGUCUGUCGGCCAGCAGUGCCAUAAGGCAUCCAGUAUUUUGGGGACCACGGAAGCGCGUAUUCUUUCUGUCAGCAGUGGCAGUUGAAAUGGAGAUCCGGAAACAAGAAUGGACCACAGAAGGCAUACUUCGGCAGUUCAACAUGGCUUGCAGCUCUUUUAAUAACUGGUCUUGGCGAAUUCCUCGAGACGUGAUCAAGGACGCCUUCCCUAACGACGAUGCUCCUAAAGACGCGCUCGGCCUUCUCAAGCUCAUCAAGCGCUGUACACUGGAGUACGACACCAUGUCUUCAGAGGCACAGAAAGCGAUGAAGCAACCCGAGCGGUUCUUCGCCGAAACAUUUCCGGGCCUGCUGAUGGCCGUGCACACCGUGGUGCGGCGGAUCCACUGGCGCUACAGCCCCACCAUCGAGGCCUUCUUCUGACCGAAGGUGCCGUUACUCUCCCAUUAGGCGGACAGCGACCGAAAUCGCCGUGCUCCACUUGCCUGCCGCAUCAAAUCCCUUCACGCGGCGCGCCUCGCACCUAUACGCACGUUUUGCCGCGGCGACUUCCGACAGAAGAAAAUCACGCGCCUGCCACGACAGUCGCCGGAUCACCAGGGCGCAUCGGUUGUCCACAGGCCGGACCUGUGCGGACCGUUUGCGCAGAGACUGUGGGCGCUAAUAUGCGCGACGCAGGGUUUUUUCUGCGACGGUGGCCAGAUGGUCUGAUUGGCCGAGCGUCUCGAGCGACGUCUCGAAGGAGCGUGCCGCGCGGCUUGCCGGCCGCGGGCGGCAAAAGAGCGAUGCAGUUAAUUUGCGCCGCGAAUAAAGUUGGCCGCCGCUGUGGCCGCGCGAGAUUGUCGCCCC